GGCGCGGAGGCGGGAAGCGCAAGGGCGCGCGGCGACGCUGGGUGGGCUGCACAGCUGAGUCCUGAACACCUCAGCUCCUCUGCCUUCCGCACCCGCUGACUCCGCGUGCCCCCUGCGCGCUGACAGAGCAUCCUUCAUCCCGGCGCGACCUUCCCGGGCGGCAGCGCAGGACAUCUGACCACAAAUCCAGAAACCCAUGCGCCCCCUCGGCCCGCGACGCCAGAGCGCCGUUACAGCGAGAUUGGGGCGACUUGCUUUUCUCCUCUCCGGAACUGCCGCUUCCCUCUCUCGUAAAGCCAGUUGUCAAGUUGGAAAAGCCGCUCCACCUCAUCUUUAAAAUAACCCCCUCCGGGGCGUGGCUGGCGUCCUCUAACCGCGCGGCCCUGGAGAGUUGGCCUUGGCUGGGAGUGACUCUCGUUUUGUGCCUGAGGAGAGCGAGGAAGAGUGAGGGCCGAGCAUCCUCGCGAAGAGAUGCCUUUAAAAAGUCAUCCAUAGCAUCAGUGGAAACAGUUUUGUGUUGCUUUGUUUUGUUUAUACCGAGUGGUUUUUCAGCGAAGUGCUGUUUUGGUUAAAAGAAGAAAUGGCCCCUCAGGAGUUCACCCGGCGACUGACCACAGUGAUCGCUCGUGUCGAUGAAAUUAUGCAGCAGGAAAUCAGGCCCUUGGUGGCAGUGGAUAUAAUUGAACAACUUCACAGACAAUUUGCCAUUCUUUCAGGAGGCCGAGGGAAAGAUGGUGCCCCCAUCAUCACUUUUCCAGAGUUUGUGGGGUUUAAACACAUCCCAGAUGAGGACUUUCUGAAUGUCAUGACCUACCUCACCAGCGUCCCCAGUGUGGAGGCUGCCAGCAUCGGAUUCGUCAUUGUUAUCGACAGACGAAGGGACAAGUGGAGCUCCGUAAAAGCAUCCUUGACACGAAUAGCUGUAGCAUUUCCAGGAAACUUGCAGCUCAUAUUCAUUCUUCGUCCAUCCUGCUUUAUCCAGAGGACAUUCACUGACAUUGGCAUUAAGUACUAUCGAGAUGAAUUUAAAAUGAAAGUGCCGAUCGUUAUGUUAAACUCCGUUUCUGACCUUCAUCACUACAUCGACAAAAGCCAACUGACAGAGGACUUAGGGGGAACUUUGGAAUAUCACCACAGUCAGUGGAUAAAUCAUCGAACUGCCAUUGAAAACUUUGCUCUGGCGUUGAAGAGCACUGCUCAGAUGCUCCAGACUUUUGGGGCCUGCCUAGCCGCAACAGAACUGCCCAGAAGCAUGUCAUCCUCUGAAGACCUCCUCAUGUCCCACACAAGGCAGCAGGGCAAGUUGCAGGAUGAGCUAAAAUUACUUGGAAAGCAAGGGACCACAUUGCUGUCAUGUAUUCAAGGACAAGCAACCAAAAGUCCCACCAGCAAACUCAGUCUCAAUGAAGCUGAGAAUGUAGCUACCAUGGAAAGGUUAUUAGUUCAGUUGAAUGAAACAGAAAAAGCCUUUAGUCAGUUCUGGUCUGCGCAUCACUUGAAGCUUAAUCAAUGCCUACAACUGCGGCACUUUGAACACAAUUUUUGUGAGGUUAAGCUUGCCCUGGACAACGUGUUGGCAGAGCAAGCGGAGUUUACAGACAUCGGAGACAGUGCGAUGCGUGUGGAGCAACUUCUUAAGGAAUACAAAAAACUGGAAGGAAAAGGCCAGGAGUCCUUGGAAAAGGCCCAGCUGCUUGCAGUAAUUGGGGACCAGCUCAUCCAAAGCCACCACUAUGCAGUGGACUCCAUCAGACCCCAGUGUGCAGAGCUCAGGCACCUCUGUGAUGACUUCAUCAAUGAAAACAAGAAAAAACAUGACAUUUUAGAAAAGUCCUUGGAGUUGCAUAGACAGUUGGACAAGGCCAAAGCCCAGAAAGUCCUGCAGAAGCUGGGUGAUGUGCAGGAAAUAUUUCACAAGAGGCAAAUGAGUCUGAUGAAACUGGCAGCCAGACAGACUCGCCCAGUGCAACCCGUGGCCCCGCGUCCUGAGUUCUCCCCAAAAUGGGUGUCACCAAAAAUCCGCCAGCCCUCCACCUUGGCUCCUCAUCAGAAAACAUCUGAGGAAUGUUAUGUGGAGACGGAUUUAAACUCUGUGGAAAAGGAAGAUGAUGAGACUAAAUUUGAAGUCAAGAAUGAAGAAAUACUGGAAAGCAGUCAUGAUGGGGAGAACCCUGAGCCAGAGCAGCUUGACAGUUCCAAACAUCUCUCCCCCAGCAGGCGCAUUAUACGUGACUUGCUUGAGACGGAAGAGACUUAUAUAAAAGAGAUUAAAAACAUAAUUGACGGAUAUAUCAUUCCAAUGGAUUUUAUUUGGCUGAAGCAUCUAAUUCCAGAUGUUCUUCGGAAUAACAAGGAAUUUCUCUUUGGGAAUAUUAGAGAACUUUAUGAAUUUCACAACAGGACUUUUCUAAAAGAAUUGGAAAAAUGCACUGAAAACCCUGAACUUCUGGCACGUUGCUUUCUCAAGAGAAAAGAAGACCUUCAAAUAUAUUUUAAAUAUCAUAAGAAUCUGCCCCGAGCCAGGGCAAUCUGGCAAGAAUGUCAAGACUGCACCUACUUUGGGGUAUGCCAGCGUCAACUGGGUCACAGUCUCCCUCUUUUUAAGUAUCUGAGAGGACCAAGCCAGAGACUUACGAAGUACCAGAUGUUGUUGAAGGGUCUGCUGGAUUUUGAGUCACCUGAGGAUUUGGAGAUGGACCCAGGUGAUCUAGAAGGAGGUUUGGCUAAGAAUGGGCCAGAGAGGACCAAGGAUUCAGCCUUCUCAGACGACCUACAACAAGCUUUGGCCAUGAUGGAGGAUUUGAUCAAGUCCUGUGAGUUGGCUGUGGACCUGGCAGCAGUCACCGGAUGUCCGGAUGAUAUCAGAAAACUGGGCAAGCUGUUGAUGCAUGGCUCUUUCAACGUCUGGACAGUUCACAAGGAGCGUUAUAAGAUGAAGGAUUUAAUUCGAUUUAAGCCCAGCCAGAGGCAAAUCUAUCUAUUUGAACAGGGGAUAGUGUUCUGUAAGAUACGAAUGGAGCCCAGUGACCAGGGCCUGUCUCCUCACUACAGCUUUAAGAAGUCUAUGAAGUUAAUGACACUUUCAAUUCGCCAACUUGGAAGGGGGAGCAACAGAAAGUUUGAAAUUGCCAACCAAAAUGGACUUGAGAAAUACAUCCUACAGGCAGCUUCAAAAGAAACCAGAGAUUGUUGGUUUUCAGAAAUAAGUAAAUUAUUGCUGGAACAACAAAACAAUAUUAAAGAUGUUUAUGAGGAUGAAGAAAAUGGCAGACAAAUAUCCCCAAAAUGUUGCUCCAGCAGGGAGUUUAUCUCCAUGGAAACCUUUGACAAUUGUGAAGGUGCAGAAGAUACGGAAAAGGAGAGCAGUGCUCUGAGUAUGUCGGGGCUUUGCCAGUUGGACGACAGUUAUGAAACCUCCAAGUCUGUUCAGGAAACGGGAGAAAGCAUCCAGGGAGAGAAAGAGGGCGGCGAAGAGGACACGGCCACAAACAAAACUGAGGAGAGCCCUGGGAUGUCCGCUGGCUUGCUCGACCCCAGUGGGGAGACCGGUUUUCGAGCAGAGGCAGUGCGGGCGCGGGAAGGGGGCCUGAGGCCGCCCUCCGCAGAGAACUGACACUCGUCCCAGACAACCCAGCCUCCCCGGCCUACUGCAUUCCCAGGAGCCGCUGCUGUGGCUGCAGAGGCCAGCCCGCCCUUAAGCAGAAGCAGCAAAGGGGCCUUCGAACCUGGGGAUCCGCUGCCCUGCCCGGGGGCAACAGGA